GCUCGGAAAGAUUCAGGAGGAGAGCAAACAGUACUGAGCAUCAAGACCAGUCCUAACACGACAGGAAAAUACAAGCAGUCGGAAGGAGAAGCAAAGAAUCACGCUGCGAAGCAGGAAAUCAAACCUGAACAUUCAAAAGGCUCUCGUUUGUCCCUGCCAUCAUCUGAUGGUAAAACAGCAAGAGAGUUGAGGGAUAAGGCCACGCCUUUGAAACCUAGCUCUAAGCUUGUCUCUCUGAAACGAAACGAAGAGACUGCUGAAAAAGCACAAGGCGCUCCAAGUUCAGCGUCAAAGUCAAAAGCUGCUUCAGGGAAGGAAGAGAAGACAACACCAAAGAAGGAGAAAAUUUCCCCCAAGAAGACUGAGUCUGUAAGUCCCGAGGACUCUGAAAAGAGGCGGAUCAAUUACCAGGCCUACCGAAGCUUCCUUAAUCGCGAGGGUCCAAAAGCGCUGGGUUCCAAAGAGAUACCUCAGGGAGCUGAAAACUGCUUGGAAGGCCUAACGUUUGUCAUCACAGGCGUUCUGGAGUGUAUUGAAAGAGAUGAGGCCAAGUCUCUCAUUGAACGUUAUGGAGGAAAAGUAACUGGCAACGUCAGCAAGAAGACAAACUAUCUGGUUAUGGGGCGAGACUGCGGCCAGUCGAAGUGUGAAAAGGCAUCAACUUUAGGGACAAAAAUUAUUGAUGAGGAUGGUCUGUUUGAUCUUAUUCGAACUAUGCCAGGCAAGAAGUCCAAAUAUGAGCUGGCGGCUGAAACAGAGGCAAAGAAAGUGGAGUCAAGACCUAAAAAGACACCACAGAAAGCUGAAGCUGGAAAAAGGAAUUUCAGCCCCUUCAAAAGGGAAGCUGAUAAUAAAAAAAUGAAGUCUACUCCCGAAAAAGGAGAAACCUUCAAAUCUGUCAAGAAGAAAGACAGCACUGCUGUUCGAAAGCUUACCGACUUCAAAUGCCGGACUGCAGAGGAGAAAGGAGCCCCACAGCCGAAGGAGAACUUGGUUUCUGGGGUUACUGAAGACAAAGCAGAGAGAUUGCUAUGGGUAGAUAAAUACAAGCCUGUAUCCCUUAAGGCAAUAAUUGGACAGCAGGGUGAGCAAAGCUGUGCCAAUAAACUGCUCCGCUGGCUCAGAAACUGGCACAGGAAUACCUCGGAAGAUGGACAAGCAAAGACGAAUAAAACUGGAGGCAAGGAUGAUGGUGCAGGUUUUAAAGCAGCACUGCUUUCUGGUCCACCUGGAGUUGGUAAAACCACUACAGCUUCUCUGGUCUGUAAGGAGCUGGGGUACAGCUUUGUGGAGCUGAAUGCCAGCGACACGCGCAGCAGGAACAGUCUAAAGGAAGUAGUUGCUGAAUCGCUCGACAACACCAGCAUCAAGGAGUUCUGCUCUGGCACAUCCUCAUCAGUUAGCGGGAAACAUGUAUUGAUCAUGGAUGAAGUGGAUGGUAUGGCAGGCAAUGAAGACAGAGGAGGGAUUCAGGAGUUGAUUGGUUUGAUUAGACACACGAAGAUACCCAUCAUCUGUAUGUGUAAUGACCGCAACCACCCUAAAAUGCGUUCCUUGGUCCACUACUGUUUCGAUCUUCGUUUUCAGAGACCUCGUCUAGAACAGAUUAAGGGUGCCAUGAUGUCCAUUGCAUUUAAAGAAGGCUUGAAAAUUCCACCACCUGCUAUGCAAGAGAUAAUCCUGGCAGCCAAUCAGGACAUCAGACAGGUUUUACAUAACCUUAAUAUGUGGUGUGCAAAAGAUAAAUCGUUGACUUACGAUGAGGCUAAAACGGAUGCCAGCAGAGCCAAAAAGGACAUCAAACUGGGCCCUUUUGAUGUCGUCCGGAAGGUUUUUGCUGCUGGCGAGGAGGCUUCUCGUAUGUCUCUUAUAGACAAAUCGGAUCUCUUCUUCCAUGAUUAUUCCCUAGCACCUCUCUUUGUUCAAGAGAACUAUGUACAUGUGAAACCAGCUGCUGCUGGAGGAAACCUGAAAAAGCACUUGGUGCUCUUGAGCAGAGCAGCUGAUAGUAUAUGUGAUGGUGAUAUUGUGGACAAACAGAUUCGUAGCAAGCAGAACUGGAAUCUUCUUCCAACGCAGGCCAUUUAUGCCAGUGUUCUCCCGGGGGAGCUGAUGAGAGGUUACAUGUCCCAGUUUCCCAUCUUUCCCAGCUGGCUGGGGAAAUUUUCAUCCACAGGCAAACACGACCGCGUCAUUCAAGAACUGGCAAUGCACAUGAGUCUCAGAACCCAGACGUGCAAGAGGACAGUGAAUCUGGAGUACCUGCCCUAUUUGCGGGAUGCACUUGUCCAGCCCUUGAAAGACGGUGGAGCAGAUGGUGUACAAGAAGCUAUAACCUUCAUGGACUCUUACUGCUUGAUGAAGGAAGACAUCGAAAAUAUCAUGGAGAUAAGCACGUGGGGAGGCAAACCCAGUCCUUUUUCAAAGCUGGAUCCCAAGGUCAAAGCAGCUUUUACACGUGCCUACAACAAGGAGGCGCAUCUGACUCCAUAUUCCCUUGGUUCUGUCAAGACCUCUAAAAGGCAGUCUGGGUCCGGAGUGAGCUUGGAUCUGAAUGAGGACCUGAAUGUGGAAGAGACCCAGUCUGAUGAGGAUGAGCAGGACACUGUGGAAAGUGAUGCAAUGAUUAAGCAAAAAAAGGCAAAGUCUUCCAAGCCGCCAAAAAGAGAGAAAAAUGAAGAAACAGCAAAAAAGGAAGGGAAGAGAAAAGAGAAAACAAGACAUUAA